GUCAACCGCCCUCCAUCACGUCCACUUGGAUUUACAUUUCCCACGAUGGUGUCUUUACAUCUGUGUGCUACCUCGCGAUAAUCCGGAGAGGUUUCUUUCAGCUUUGAUUCGCAAACAAUACUGGUUUACUUAAGGAGAUUAUCUGUCCCCUGUCAACCUCAAAGCAGAGGACCGCUGGUCUGUGGAUGCUGUGAUACAACGUGCGCGUGUGUAGCGCGUAGUGUGGUUUGACGUGGGACUGGGAAGAAAAGGCCUUGAUUGUAUUACUGAUUAGAAACAGCUGAGUGUGUUGUUUGUUCUUCAAUUAGUAUAAGUGGUGGCUUAUUGGCGAGGAGAAUGAUUUACAGUUGGCCGUAAACCCUCCAGCUAACGAACAAAGACUUGCAGAGAAAGAGAACUAGAAAGUUCCCCUCUGCUGUUUUGAUAAUAGUUACUUCUCUCGGUUGUGCUUCGCUGCGCACGUUCAUCUGUUGCGAUGACAACGUUUGUGUACCAGCAGGCAUGAGGUGCCUCUCCGGGGAUCAACUAAAGCUUCUCUGAUGUAGGCGGGCCUGGUCUCCCUCGGCCCUGAUGCAGUUCAAAGAGGCGCUUCGAGACAACUCCCUCUGGUCGUGCUUUUUUUACUUCCCAGCAUCUCCCAUCCGACUCUCGGGGAGGUGAAGCCUGUUGACACGGCGGGCGUACCUGGGGGGCCUUUUUGACUCGCGUGCAGUGUUCGCGCUUGGCCCUCGCCCGUGUCACCCACGCACAGAAAGUGGACCGCUAUCACCAGUACGUCAUAGAGCAAGAUGAAGGAACGGACCAAUGCUCCUCAGGACCGGGGCUGCCUGGUGGGGAUCUGUUUCUUCAUUCUGGGCCUGGGCACGUUGCUGCCAUGGAACUUCUUCAUGACGGCCCUAUUGUAUUUCCAGGGUCGCCUAAAUACAACCGAAUGGAGCAACGGCACUGCGGUGGUCCGCACGGAGUACUACUUCAACAACUGGAUGACCCUGCUGUCCCAGCUGCCCCUGCUGGUGUUCACCCUGCUCAACUCCUUCCUCUACCACAGGGUAUCGGAGACCGUGCGCAUCGCAGGUAGUCUGGUUUUCAUCCUGCUGCUCUUCAUCCUCACAACGGUGCUGAUCAAAGUGCCCAUGGACGAAGACCGCUUCUUCUCUGUCACCAUGGCAACCAUCUGGUUCAUCAACUCGUUCGGCGCCGUGCUGCAGGGCAGUCUUUUCGGCCUGGUGGGUCUUCUCCCCCAGAAAUUCAGCGCCAUCUUCAUGAGCGGCCAGGGCCUCGCCGGGACCUUCGCGGCCAUCGCCAUGCUGCUUGCCAUAGCGAGUGGCACAGACUCCGAGACCGCAGCGCUGGGUUACUUCAUCACGCCAUGUGUGGGGACGCUGAUCACGCUCUUAAGCUACCUGCUGCUGCCCCGCCUGGAGUUUGCUCAGUACUAUCUGGACAAAAGGCACCAGUAUGAGGCGGGCACCACGGACGAGUUGCUGAAAGAGAGCAGCAUGGUGGAGAACAGCAAGCCGAACGGACACUCCAACGGCUCAGUAACCAGCAGCCCAACCAAGGGGGAUGUAGUAGCGGAGGCCGAGGUGGACCCCGGUCCAGAGGGCCCAAAGAGGGCCUUUCUGUCCUUGGAGCAGGUCGAGAAGGGACAAGCUAAGGCCUCGGUCCUUGAGGUCUUCAAAAAGAUCUGGGUGAUGGCGUUCUGUGUGACCUUUGUCUUCACCGUCACUCUGUCCGUCUUCCCUGCUGUCACUGCAGAUGUCAGGACCUCAUUUCCAGGAAGUUGGGACCGCUACUUUAUCUCUGUGUGCUGCUUCCUGGUGUUCAACGUCAACGACUGGUUCGGUCGGACCGUCACUACCUUGAUACGUUGGCCUCGCAAAGAGUCCCGCCUGUUCCCGGCGCUCGUGAUCUCCCGUGUGGUCUUCGUCCCCCUGCUGAUGUUCUGUAACGUCCAGAGUCGCUCCUUCCUCCCCGUCGUCUUCCACCAUGAUGCCGUUUUCACCGUCGUCAUGGCUCUCUUCGCUCUGUCCAGUGGCUACUUCGUAUGUCUGUCCAUGUCCUACGCACCGCAAUUGGUGGAGCAGAAGGAUGCAGAGACAGCGGGGGCCCUGAUGACGUUCUUCUUAGCCCUGGGCCUGUCCUUAGGAGCCGCCUUGUCCUUCCCUCUGCGGGCCCUGGUCUAGUGUGUGUGUGUGUGUGCGCGUGUGCAUAUGUGUGAUGGAAGUGCAGCACCUCGGUAAUGCUGUAAAAACGGGCCUCCUGAAGUGCUGUUGUCCGUUAUUGACUGCUGACGUUUCCUCUUCCAGAGGAAAUGGGCGGAAAAUACUGUUUUUGCUCUGAAUGAAUCCAAAUGUUUCUUUGGGAUUUUUUUUAUGUUGACUUAAUGAUUCUUCAUUUUUAGAUGUAUUUGUUUUAGUUUUUAGAUGUUUUGUGCAUUAUGAUGCACUUCUUUUAUCUGAUUGAUGGCUUGAAUUAUUAUAUUUAUGAUAUGAUUUACAUUAGGUAUCUGAAUGUAUUUUUCUUAGGUUUGUUUUGUAUUUUCUAAUGAAAUGGCUGUUACAUAUGUAGAACAAAAAAGGGUUAAAGACCUGGUUCAUGGGCAUUUAUGUAUACUGAAGGAGCCAAAUAAUCAUUUCUUGUUGGAAAGUCAAAUGAAUAUAGAGACCGUGCAAAGAGACUUUAAAUGACCACAACAAAGAAUAGAAAGGACUAUAGAGAGAGUGAGAACCACCACAAAGUCACCAAGAGACAAAAAUGUUUGGAGGGGUUUUGUGUCUUUCAAUUCAGUCCACUUAAUUGAUACAUUGUGUGGACUUCUCUGGUUUGAAGAUGCAAAGCUGCAGCAUCACUUGUGUCUCUCCAGCAUCGCGGCUCCUUAUGCCACCUACUGGUCAGAAGACGGGAGCUCCUCAGAGCUUCACGUACUUUUAUUUCCUUCUGGAACAAAUGCGCACACAAAGAGGAAAAGGCUGAUCCAGUGCAGUGUAUCACAGCGCGUCCACAGCAGGGCCUUUCAGAGCAGCCUGCGCUCAUACGAUAUCCUCCUGACACUUUCACAUCUGCAGAGCCAGGUCAUGUGACCAUCACCACGCUCUUCUAUUGACAUGAAGCCGGGAUGUAACUUUUCUCAGUACAAGUAGAUUUAAGCCUUCAAACGUCUCCCGAGGACACUAGAUGUAGUUUUAAGCCAUAAAGUGGAAAUAGUCCUUUUAUUUUCCAUUUAACUUUUAUUAAAUACUUUUUACAAGGCAUUUCUAACAGUGUUCCAUGUUUAAAUCGCAUGUGUUUUGUUUUUCUCUUUGUAUUGGAAGGGACUCGUUGCCCAGCACCAAUUAACUUUUGGAUCGGUUUUCUUUGCUUAGUGUUUAUUUACAGGCGUGAAUCUGUCAACGCAGCGAUUCACAGGUUCUACUGAACAAAGGAAGCGUGAGGUUACAGCUGGUGGAGUCCUAAUGAAGGGAGCGAUGGCAAACAUUGAGAACUCCUUUUCAACAGGACUUGUUUUGUGCAUCAAGCAGGGAUUUUUCAAUGGGAACCGGACCAUUUUUUAAUUUAUUAUUUUACUUAAUGGUUUACAGCAGACUUAUUUCCUACAGCAUGUUGAUGCCGCACCAGUGAUGGGGAUUCCCAUUUCCUCUACUUCUACAGCUGCUGUUUUAAAGGUCGUGGGUUCUAGGUGGUUCUCGCGGUGCAUAGCUGCUGUACAAUGAUGAUGCUGAUGAACCUGCUGUGAAGCGUUUUUGCCGUGUCCAGACUGUGGGUGCAGCAAAACUUCAGAGCUUUGUGUCAGGCUGCUGUUGCUUCUGUGGUGGGAUACAGUGAGACCCAUUCUGGGCUCACUCGCAGCGGACCGACACUGCUGCGCCCCCCCAUCAGGAAAAGGGAGUUCAUGCCUUUGCUUGUACACAAUGCAUCGCUGUAAAUCUGAAUGUCAAUAAAUGGAUGCUUUGAGCUCG